UGCAGCAACUGAUACAAAGAGUGACCUUUUUUUCUCUGUAUGUUUUAGGAACAAAAUAGUGAUCCUUCCGGCAAUAUACUAAUCCUAGAAUUCUUUUUCUUUUGCAGCCUGUGAAGUGAUCUGACAUGCAUGAAAGAGAGGAGUAAAAAGCUUCCUUACAUACAUGAAUCCUUUAGUGAGCCCCUGAUCUGACAUUUCCUCCUGAGGAGAAGCAGACGUCAUGAAUCGGAGAUUCAUUUCAUCAGUUCACAUUAUUUUGCAGCUUGCCCUGACUACAGCAGGUCUGACUGGUCAGUCAUAUCCUGGGAAACCUAAGAUAGUAAGAUGUCGUUCCCUAGAAAAGGAAACCUUUUCUUGUUGGUGGAAGCCUGGCUCAGAUGGAGGACUUCCUACCAACUACACCCUGUUCUACAGCAAGGACAGUGAAGAAAAAAUCUAUGAAUGUCCAGACUACCAAGCAUCAGGUCCCAAUUCCUGCUACUUUGAUAAAAACCACACUAAUCCCUGGACAACAUAUAUUAUCACUGUAAUGGCAACGAAUGAGAUUGGAAGUAACAGCUCAGACCCUCAGUAUGUGGAUGUAACCUCCAUAGUUCAGCCAGAUGCUCCUGUGAACCUCUCUCUAGAAACAAAAACAUCUGCUAGCAUAACAUACCUUUGGGCAAAAUGGUCUCCACCUCCGUUAGCUGCUGUCAGCUCUGAUUCACAUGUAUAUCACUAUGAGCUACGACUUAAACCUGAGGAAAAGGAAGAGUGGGAGACAAUAUCUGUUGGAGUGCAGACACACUACAAGGUGACCGGGUUACAAGCUGGGGUGAAGUACAUUGUUCAGGUCCGUUGCAUGUUAGACCUUGGAGAAUGGAGCGAGUGGAGCUCUGAAAGAAACAUCCAGAUCCCCAAUGGAGAGUCACCUCCUGAAAAGCCUACCAUAAUAAAGUGCCGUUCUCCUGAAAAGGAAACAUUUACUUGUUGGUGGAAACCUGGUUCAGAUGGAGGACAUCCUAUUAACCAUACUUUGCUUUACAGCAAAGAGGGAGAAGAAAAAGUUUAUGAAUGUCCAGAUUACAAAACUGCAGGCCCCAAUUCAUGUUACUUUGAUAAAAAGCACACCUCUUUCUGGACCAUAUACAAUAUUACUGUGAGGGCAACUAAUGAAAUGGGAAGUAAUGUCUCUGAUCCUCAUUACGUGGAUGUGACUUACAUAGUACAGCCAGAUCCUCCUGUGAAUAUAACUCUGGAAUUAAAAAAGUCAGUAAAUAGAAAACCAUAUCUGGUCCUGACAUGGUCUCCACCUCCACUAGCUGAUGUCAGAUCUGGAUGGCUUACUCUUGAAUAUGAAUUGCGACUAAAGCCUGAAGAAGGAGAGGAAUGGGAGACUAUUUUUGUUGGACAGCAAACACAAUGUAAAAUGUUUAGUUUAAAUCCUGGAAAGAGGUACAUAGUACAGAUUCACUGCAAACCAGACCACCACGGAUCAUGGAGCGAGUGGAGCCCAGAAAUGUACAUUCAGAUUCCUACUGAUUUUAGAGUUAAAGAUAUGGUUGUGUGGAUCAUUGUUGGUGUCCUGUCAUCUCUUAUUUGUUUAAUCAUGAGCUGGACAAUGAUUUUAAAAGGGUACAGAAUGAUGGCUUUUAUCCUACCACCAGUUCCAGGACCAAAGAUAAAAGGCAUAGAUAAACAUCUGUUAGAGACAGGAAAAUCUGAAGAAUUACUGAGUGCUCUUGGUUGCCAUGGUUUCCCUCCAACAUCAGACUGUGAGGAACUACUGAUAGAAUAUCUGGAGGUAGAGGACAGUGAGGAUCAGCAACUCAUGCCAAGCCAUGACACUCCCAGUAAAAAUACAAAAAUGAUACCCAAAGAAACAGACAGUGACUCGGGCCGAGGAAGCUGUGAUAGCCCUUCUCUGCUCUCUGAGAAGUGCAGGGAGUCCCGUGCCCUUCCAUCAACUCUUCAAACACAAGACAUAAGAGCUGAUCAAGAAAAUAAAGGAGCAAAAAGGAGCUGGGAAACUAAGUGUAUAGCCUCAGAACAGAAAACACUCCUUUUUAACAAUGAGAGUACAAAGUCAUCCACAUGGCCUGCAGUUCAGUUACCACCUAAUAAUCAGCUUCCUAUGUUUGCCUACCACAGUACUGUGGAGGCACACAAGAUAAUACUGAGUACCACAAAUGUGAACAUUUCACCAGUUUUGGUGGGAAAUGAAGAAAAGCACCAGUCACGGUAUCCUGUCACUGAAACUGUCCAUGACAACAUGGAAAAGCAAAGAGAGAUGGAGAAUUCCAAAACGGAGCAAAGUACAGUACAGGUCAAACAAAACAGACAUAAUGACAAGUCACCUUUCUUGAAUCCUAAACUAAUGGACUAUGUAGAAGUUCAUAAAGUCAGACAAGAUGAGGAGCCAACAGUAUUACUGAAACAUAAAGAUAAUAGUGGAAAGACUGAAAAAUACACUGUUCCUGGAACCAGCAAAGAAUAUACCAAGGUCUCAAGAGUUGUGGACCAUAAUAUUCUAAUAUUAAUGCCAGAUUCACGCAUCCAGCACACACCUGUAUCUCAAGAACCUGCAAUGGAAACAUCACAGAACCUUCAGCAAGGUCAAGCUGAGAAAAAUAUGAGCUACUGCCUGACAGCUCCAAGUGACUGCAAAAGAGAGACCAGUGGAUCAGAGUAUAUGGACCCAUCUUCCUUUAUGCCCUCUUUUAAAUAACCAGUUAGCACAGUACAUGCUUAUAUGUGUCCAGUAAAACAAAAUCACAUAGCAAACAGUUCUUCAAAAAAGCCUAGCCUUCAAAAGCCGUCUCCUGUGUGUUUUGUGCAGAUAAUAAAAUAGACAGUGGGUUGAGGUCAUAAUCAUGGAAGUUAAUCUUGGAGCAUUGACACACAUUUCUGACACAGUGAAAUGAGGAAAUGGAUAUUGUCUGCCAUGAAAAAUACAUAGUAAAAUAAUUAUUCAGUUCUGCAAAGCUGUUAAUUGAGUAAGCCUGAGGGAAUACUGCAGGUUCAACAAAGAUGAAAAUUACUAUGGGUCAGUCAGCACACCAUGGUGAUCGGAGCAGUUCCUACACUAGAUAAAUUAUUGCACAACAGUAUUGUUAUCUACAGUGUACUUUCUUCUGAAUGCAUUCUGACACUAGAUUAAGUUUUCUUUAUUUAUUUUUCUCAAUCCUCGAGAAAAAAGGAGUUACUGUAUAUGACAAAUCUUAUAUAAAAAGAGUAUAUUCUACAAAUUACAGUAAAAUAACAAAUUCUUCUAAAGAUAUUUUUGCUUUGUUUCAAUGUGAUAGAAAACUUUGCAUCCCAUUCAUAUCCUAGUCCAAUCAAACCAAACAUGAAAAAAAUAGCAGGAUAAUAUUUGAUAUACUGCCUUACUGUAUAUAAUAUAAAAUUCUACUUUAAUAUAAGCCCAUAUGUUUAACAAUGUAUUUUUAAAGGCUAUUUUUCUAUUACCAAAAAAGAGCAAAAUAAAAUAUUUUUUAAUUUCCCGGUGUUAUUUAGCUACUUAGGAACUUUUCUGUUUCCUUCUGCUAAAAUAGCAGUAACAAGUAAAGGUACAAUUUCUAUAAAAAGCAUGAAAUUAAACUUUAUACUAAUUAAGAAUAUGAAGAAAUUUUUAAACUAUAUUUCUAAUAUAUUACAGAUAUAUUACUAUUUGAAUUGUAAAUUAUUUCUUUCACACGUUUUUUAUCACCUAUAAUUAUAUAAUUAAAACAGAAUCUAGAUUUUGAGAGCAAAAUUUCUUUCCCUUUGAAUUUGUAGUCUAAUGCCAAUAGUGAAUUGAAUGGUCUUCUCCUGCAUCCUUAGUCAUUGUACUUUUCUCUGAGUCUGGAGGGAAAGUUUGAAGUCAGAUUUUUCAUAAUGAAUUUAUGAACAUUAGUUUUGGAAACCAGCCUCUAAGAUAAGAGGCAUAAAGUCUGAGUCGUAGCUCUGCUGAAAUAGCAAUGAGAAAAAGGAAAAUGUAGUAGGGCUGGACAGAUGUACCCAGAACAGCAGUGAGAACAGUAAGGAUCCAUCGUAUCCCAAGUAACUGAAGACAGAAUCAAAAUUAUACUGUAAUGGCUUUGAUCUUACUGUAGUCCUUCUUUCUUGAAAUGAAAGUUUAAUUUACUCCAGAAAAGUACAGCCAAGUGAUGACUGAUUAAAACUGGACCAAAUAUUUAGCCAGUCUCACUAGCUUCAGGGGAAAUUGGAAACAUAAGGUAAGGGAAUGGUUCUGUACCUGUGAAGGAAAGUGUAUUUGAUAAAUGGGCUCUCUUUUGUUCUUCUCCUUCCUGAACAGUUCUACAUUUCUACAUACUUUCAUGAUUUUAUGCACUGAGCCAGCCUUCCUGCAGUAUGAGGUACCUGCUGCAGAGCCAGACAAAAGAGAAUUUCAGAUUUUGAGGGUCCCAGAAGGCCACAUCUAAUUUGACGUAUCGGAUUCUCCCUUGCCAUGGAACUGCUCAAGUUCAGAUUAGUCAAGCUGUCUAGCCUUUCCACAGGCAGGACUUAGGAAUUUAACUGAUUAUUUGUGUGUCUGUAAAUGUAUGUGGUAGUGUGGACUGUAACAUUUACUUUAGGCAUCAGAUUUGGAGCCUAAGUCCUCUAUACAGGCAAUGUACUGCCAAUUUCCAGAGGCUUAUCAGUGCAGUCUGGCUGCUCUGAUGAGCGUGUGGGGAGGUAUCUUUCAUUCUUAAUACAUCCACUUAUUUAACACUUGAAGGCAUUAAAUGACUACUCCAGAGAGCAGCCAGACAUAAAACUUUGUUUAGUUAUGGUUAACAGAAUAAUUUUACUGUAGAUAUACUUUUCAUAGUAUAUCUUACAAAUUUCUACAGAUGCUAAAAGUACUGCAAAGAAACUAUUGAGUUAUCAGGAAAAAAUGGAAUGUUUUGCAGGACAGCAACUUGUCUGUGUGCAAAUAUGUAAGCUGGUUAUGCACUAUGUCUGACAGUGUUUAAUUUACACUUCAGUUUUCUGACUGAAUCUGACAGAGCUAAUCCGGACCUAGCUAUUCUCGUUCUUUACACAAAUAGUCAUAUCUGUGUUGUUUCCUACACCUAAUGCUGUGCAUAAAGACGUGCUGCCGCAGGCCUUCUGGGAUGUAUCUAGUGAUGCACAGAAGGCUAUAGAAUUUUACCAAGCCACAGCCUAAAGAUGUUGCUCAUAUAGUGGAUUUCAUAGAUUUAAGCACAAUUGACUGCAUGACCUCCGACAGCAGCAGACUGUUGCUGUGGUAGCAGUUACUUUGUACCUUAGUCAAACAGGCACGCCUUUCAGCAGAUUUUAAGUGUAUGAUUCAUCCCAUAAGCAUGUGGGCCUCCAGUAAUUCACAGAGAGAGAGGGUCGAAGAGUUUCUAUUUUUGUCAUAAAUUAGCACUGAAACUGCAAAAUAGCUGUAGCCUACACAACAUCAUGUAGUGUUGAUUCUCUUCCACCUUUGCUGAUGAAUGUCUCAAUAUGCCGAAUCAUCAUGGCUCUCAGUGAAAAGGUAAAUUCAGCCAGAGUGGAAAAGGGGGACAUUUACUCACUCCAUGAAGUUUUGAGGGAUUUGCUAUCUAGAUAUAAUCUAAACACAGUUUUUAUAAAUAUAUUUCAUUCUUUAAGAUGGACAAAUGUGCAGACUGAUUAUUUUUUCCUUGGAUUUGCUUAUGUUUUCCAAAAUACCUUGUUACUCCCAAGGGCGGAGCAACACCUUCUGAAAGUGACCUUUAACAUCUGAAAGUAUAUGGAAAAAAUAGUAAACUACUGUUCUGUGAAAUCAGAAUAACCUUCAGCUAAGUGUUUGGUCCUUUGAAUGUUCAAAUACUUAAUUUUCUGUUUGUGACAAUAUUUUUGCUUGCAGUUCUUUAAGCUUUUUAUUAGGAAAUAGAUGAGCUUUUGCAGCAGUUGUACACAGUCAAUUGGUGUAAAAAUAUGACACACCAGUGGGGAAUAACAGGCUUUUGACACCUCCUCUGAUAUCCAGAGGGAUGAAGUAUAGAACAGAAUUUACCCCAGAAACAGUGACUAGCUCACUAGCUCUUGCACCAUAAGUCAAAUUCCUCACUUUCAGUAAUUAUUUCAAGAGUGAGAAUGAUGUUUUCAAUGUCAAAGCUAUGCAUGUGUCAUUUAUAGUAUGAAUUACUUUGUAAUAGCAUAAAAUCCCUAAAAGAAAAAAUAAAGACUAUUCAACAUAAAUAAUUUUAUAGAACUCAUAAAAUUGAAUAUGUAUUUUAAUUAAUUAUCUUUCCUUUUGACUCAGACUAAUUUUAUUAACUUUUUUCAGUACUGACAAAUAUGAUUCAUUAUCAUACAUUUUCUAAUUAGACUUUUUUUUUAGCAAAGACGUAUUUGAUGUACUAUUUUAGUAUCUAAGUGUUGUAUUCCAGACUUUUAAAGAAAUACAUGUUAUUGAAUUGGUGCAUGUGCUCACAAGGCUCACUGUCACAUACAGUGCAGACUUGAGGAAUGGUCUUGAUAACACCAUGUAACUACAAAGAUUAUUUCAUAAAAGUGCAGUAAACUGACCUUAUAUAAUAUGAGUAAGAGGAUAUAUGUGUUUAUGGAACAAACUGUAACACAAAUAUGUAAUGAUGAUUUAUGUUGAAGCAGUGAAUUUCGUAGUAUAUCUGUCUACGUGUCUAUGUUUAAAUGGCUGAAAAAUAGACAGUUGCUUUAAAUGUCAUUUAAGUAUUUUAAAGUGUCAUAGCAGCAGGUGUUCAAAAUGAAUAAGCAGAAUUUUUUUGUGUUCACUGAAGCAUUGUAUGUGUGGGGUUCACCUCAUGAAACCUGUAAGUGUAUUUCAUAAUUUUACAGUAAUUGAAAACGAUUUGAAGGUGUUGUGCAAGGAAACUGAAGUCACUUAAGCCAGUUUAUAGAUAUCAGACAUCUUCUGCAAAGCCAUAAAGACAAAUGAAUGAAAAGAGUGUCAUGAGAUCCGGCAUCAUAUUCUCAAAAAAUUGCUACCUCAGAUGGUUUUUUUUCUCCCUUUAAAAGGCAGGCAAAACCAUUUUGCUUUGUGUAUAAAAUAGUGAAUCAGUCUAUCAAGAUUUAAAAAAACUUAUUUUUAAAUCCAAAUUAUUUUUGUUAACAAACAGCUUGUCAUGGAAUCCUCGCUUGUUUUGCACUGGUAGUAUGAGGAUGGGAUAUUUGAGAUGUGUGGCAAAAUUAAAUGUUUUUAAUAUGAAAAAA